UUUCUGCCCUUAUAAGUCAAUGGUUAACCCAUUGAUACUGAUUUUUCUUCUACAGGAAUGGAUGAUAUUUGUAAAUACAAUUAACCCUUGAGCAACAUGGGUUUGAAAUGCACGCGUCCACUUAUAUGCAGAUUAUUUUCAGUACUAAAUACUACAAUACUACAGGAUCAGUGGUUGGUUGAGUCCUUGGGUACUGGGGGCUGACUAUGAGUUAUACUCAAAUUUGCUACUGCUGGAGGGUUGGUGGCCCAACCCCUGCAAUUGUUCAAGGGUUAGUUGUAUAUAAAUAUAUGUACCACACCAGCCAUGGAUUUCUAGUGUUAUCUGAAACAGCUAUUUUAAUUUCCUGCUUCUACCCUGUCACAUAAGUAGUCCUGAUUUGCUAAAGAUAAAUAUGUGCGUAUCUCCUUAUCCCUAUAAUGUGAUGCAUCUUUACAUAGCAUAUACCACCACCUGAUAAUAUUUUGUUAAUUUAGUGGUCCUCCUUCAAACGAUUAUAAGACCCAGGCACUUUAGUAUUUUUCUGUUUUGUUCAAUGCUGUGUCUCCUGUGACUGCACAUAGUAGGACAGGGUGAAUAUUACCGAAAUAAAUAUGAGAUGAAGGAGCAGGAGGUCAAGGCCUUAAGGGAAGCAUCCCUGCUGAAGACAUAGGGCUUAGUCAAGAGAAGGAGCUCAAAGAUAAAACACUUGAAUAGAAUACUUCAUUUGUCUACUCUCCAUAGUGUGCCCAACAGGGUUCUAGGCCAGACCCUGGUAAUGUUAGGGCAUAAGGGCCUCACUGACAACUAAAUUGUAGGGUAUAUGUUCAGAAAUACACUCAUUGGGCAUUUAGGCUUUGAAGGUAAAUACAGCUGCAUACACACAGCUCCUCAGCAGCUUUCUAAUUGGGUAGCAUUGAGCACAUAGUUAAGUGACUCUUUCCAAGAUUCUUCAACUAUAAACUGGUUUUGAUAGGAUCUGAUUUGCAGAGUUUCUAUGAAUAAUCUUUUUGCAGAGGUGUGGGCAUCUCUUUGCCAAGUCAUUCUCAUAUCUUGGUUGCUUAAAUGGAGCAUGUUAGUAAAGAAUGUUACAGUUUGUAUUGGCUUUAAAAUACAUACUUCAUCCACGGCAGUGGAAGAAACUGUUGCAUUUUCGUUAUUUGAAAUUUGUGCAGUAGUGCUACAGAUAUCACUGUGAGAGAUGACACACACUGCUAACUUCACUCCGAGUGUUCUUGUUCUGCUGCUGCUGUACCUCCUGUACAAUUCCUGCAGAAUUGAGUAGGAGAAGUCUUCUCUUGCCACCUGCAUGUGGAAUUCAGUCAGUUGAUGCUCUUUCUCAAAAACCAGGUUUUGGGGACCCUGCAGCCCUUGUGGGAGAGGGUCUAGUAGUCAGGGGCUGAGGAGUAAUACAUGUUAGCCUGCCAAGCAGUACAGAAAUAAAUAUUGCAAGUGGAACCCCCGGAAGUCUGGCAUACAGGUCACACUUUCCUGGAUUUGAGAUGGUGUGUAUAUUCUUACUAUUGAAGACAUUCUCUGAUUUUUUUUUUAUGUUUUCAUUAUUAUGGUCAAAUUGACAGUUAAAUUUUUUUAGACUACAGUUAACUUGCUUACAAAAUGGGACUCUUAACCUGUUUUUUUUAUGAUCUACAAGAACCAGAGGACUGUUUUAUAGCUCUAGAGGAGAUAAGAUUGCUCUAACUUCUUCCCCCCUCCCUCUAUUUUCUUACAAGAUUGAUGUGUGUUUGCUUGGGUGUCUUGGGGCUAUGCAUGUCUGUGUGUGUGUGUGUUUUGAGGGGAGUGAUCACUCCUAACAGAUAUGCUGCAAAAUCUACAGUCUUGAUUAUGGAAAUUGUGGGGAGACCCAGAUUCUCGUGUCUUCUUUCUCCUGCCUCAGCUCUAACUUCUCAAUACUCUGUCUUUCUUCAUGAAGGGAACAUGGAGGAAGAAAGAACAGCUGCUGAGUUACAGAAAAAUAUGACACAGGAACCAGUGGUCUUUGAGGAUGUGGCUGUGGACUUUACCCAGGAGGAGUGGGCUUUGCUAGAUCUCGCUCAGAGAAACCUCUACAGAGAUGUGAUGCUGGAAAACUUCCGGAACCUGGCCUCUUUAGGUUUUCAGACUCAACUUAAAACUAAUGAAUUAGUCGCCGCACAAGAUAUUUAUGGAGAAAAAAUAUCCAGUGAACAGAAUGUAGUAAGAUUCAAAAGGAGUGCUUCCUCGUUGUCCAUUUUACACAAAAGCUGGGAAUACCAUGGUUUUGAUUAUCAGAACAAAAACCAUGAGAGACAUUUGAGAAGUCACAUGGUGGAGAACAUCUAUGAACAUAACGAAGAAAAUCAGUGUAGACAAACCUUCAGCCAUAUCUCAAAUCUUAAUAUACUCAAGAGAACUAUUGAAGUAAAAGCCUUUGAAUGCCAAGAGUGUAAAAAGGCCUUCACAGAUCAUUUAUCCCUUAAGAAUCACAUAAGGUCUCACACUGGAAGCAAACCCUAUCAGUGUAAGGAAUGUGGGAAAGCUUUCCAUUUUUUUGCUUGUUUUAAGAAGCAUAUGAAAACUCCCACUGAAGAGAAACCCUAUGAAUGUAAGGAAUGUACCAAAGCCUUCAGUUGUUCUUCAUUCUUUAGGGCGCAUAUGAAGAUUCACACAGGAAAGACAAACUAUGAAUGCAAGGAAUGUGGGAAAACCUUUAGCUGUUCUUCAUCCCUUACAGAGCACAAAAGAAUUCACAGUGGAGAUAAGCCUUAUGAAUGUAAGGAGUGUGGGAAAGCCUUUAGUUGUUCCUCCUCACUCUCCAAACACAAAAGAAUUCACAGUGGAGAUAAGCCAUAUGAGUGUAAGGAGUGUGGGAAGGCCUUCAGUUCCUCUUCUCACCUUAUAAUACAUAUAAGAAUCCAUACUGGAGAGAAGCCUUAUGAAUGUAAAGAGUGUGGGAAAGCCUUCAGUGAGUCCUCAAAGCUCACCGUACAUGUCAGAACACAUACGGGAGAGAAACCCUAUAAAUGUAAGGAAUGCGGGAAAGCCUACAAUUGUCCAUCCUCCUUAAGUAUCCAUAUGAGAAAACACACUGGGGAGAAACCCUAUGAAUGUCUGGAAUGUGGAAAAGCCUUCUAUCUUCCCACUUCCCUGAAUACACAUGUGAAAAAUCAAAGUAGAGAGAAACCCUACGAAUGUAAGGAAUGUGGAAAAGCCUUCAGUUGUCCCUCGUCCUUUAGAGCACAUGUGAGAGAUCACACUGGAAAGGUGCAGUACGAAUGUAAGGAAUGUGGGAAGGCCUUUAGUCGUUCCUCAUCCCUCACCGAACACUUAAGAACUCACAGUGGAGAGAAGCCUUAUGAAUGUAAGGAAUGUGGGAAAGCCUUUAUUAGUUCCUCCCACCUUACGGUACAUACAAGAACUCACACUGGAGAGAAACCUUAUGAAUGUAAGAAAUGUGGAAAAGCCUUCAUUUACCCCUCAGCCCUUAGGAUCCACAUGAGAACGCACACUGGGGAGAAACCCUAUGAAUGUAAGGAGUGUGGGAAAGCCUUUCGCCAUUCUUCAUACCUUACUGUCCACACAAGGAUGCACACUGGAGAGAAACCCUUUGAAUGUCUGGAAUGUGGGAAAGCAUUCAGUUGUCCUUCAUCCUUUCGAAGACACGUAAGAAGCCACACUGGUGAGAAGCCCUAUGAAUGUAAGGAGUGUGGGAAAGCCUUUGUUUUCUUCAGCACAAAAUCUAACCUUACUCAGCACAAAAGAAUUCAUACUGGAGAAAAACCCUAUGACUGUAAUCAGUGUGGCAAAUCCUUCAGCAGUAGAUCCUACCUCACUAUUCAUAAGAGAAUACAUAAUGGGGAGAAGCCCUAUGGAUGCAAUGACUGUGGGAAAGCCUUCAAUGAUCCUUCCUCCCUCAGACUGCAUGUGAGAAUCCACACUGGAGAAAAACCCUACGAAUGUAACCAGUGUUUUCAUUGUGGCAAGGCCUUCAGCACGAGGUCCUCCCUUACUGGGCACAACAGUAUUCAUACAGGAGAGAAACCUUACGAGUGCAGUGAUUGUGGGAAAACCUUUAGGAAGAGCUCAUAUCUCACACAGCAUAUGAGAACUCAUACUGGAGAAAAACCCUAUGAGUGUAAUCAGUGUGGAAAAUCCUUUAGCAGUAGCUUUUCUCUUACUGUGCACAAGAGAAUUCAUACCGGUGAGAAACCCUAUGAAUGCAGUAACUGUGGGAAAGCCUUUAAUAAUCUCUCAGCUGUUAAGAAACAUGUAAGAACUCACACUGGAGAAAAACCCUAUGAAUGUAAUCAUUGUGGGAAAUCUUUCACCACUAACUCUUACCUUUCUGUGCACAAGAGAAUCCAUAAUAGGUGGAUAUGACUACAAUAACUGGGAAAGCAUUCACUGAUUUCUUAUCUCUCAGACAACUUGUGAUAACUCACGCUUAGAUGUAUGAGUUAUCUGUUGCUGCAUAACAAAUUUCCCUUCAAAACAUAGUAGCUUUAAACAGCAAACAUUUAUUAUCUAUAGGUCAGGAAUUCAGAACCAGCUUAGCUGUGUAGUUCUAGCUCAGGAACUCUCAUUAGGUUGUAGUCAAGAUGUCAGCAGGAGCUACUGUCAUCUACUUUACUGCUGGCUGAGGAGUCCACUUCGAGAAUAGCUCAGUCACAUGCCUGGCAAGUUAGUGCUGGUUGUUGGCAGGGAACCUUCAUUUUCUCACCAUGUAGGACUCUCCACAGGGCUAUGUGUCUUUAUGAUGUAAAAGCAGGUUCCUCCCAAAGCAUUUGAUUUAAAGAAGAGCUAAUGCAGAAACCACAGUGUCUUCUACGACCUAGUCUCAGAAGGACAUAUCAUCACUUCUUCCGUAUUUUAAUGGUCACACAGACCAAUCCUGAUACAGUGUGGGAAGAGACCAUACUCAGUAUGAAUACCAGGAAACAGAUUGUUCGGAACCAUCUGAGCAGUUUUCCAUGAAAUCACUGAUGUAAGGCCUUCAGGAGACCCUCAUUCUUUCAGUCUGUUCAGUAUGAAGUAAUAUUUAAUAACUCUCAUGUUAAUUCACCCGUGAAAGAAACCUCAUGAGUCCCGUCUUUGUGAUAAGCUUUCAGCUCAAAUUCACCCUAAUGUACACAAAAGAUUAAGUAUUGUGGAUAAAUCUGAGGAAUACAGUGGUGAUAUCUAGGGAGUCAUGUGACAAUUCACACUAAGGGGAGAGUCCUAUGAAUAUCAUCAGAAUGUAGAAGUCUUCAGGGACACUCAUCCCUUAGAACACACAUGAGGAAUCACUACAGAGCAACACUCACUCAUAUAAGGAAUGUGGAAAACCCUAUAGCACAAGAGUUUACAUUACUGAACAGAAGAUGAAGAGAUUCCGAGUGCAAGUACUAUGGGAAAGCCUUCAGUGUUCUCUCAACUUUUAAGAGAUACGAUGAUUUAUUCUGGAGAGAAUGUCCCAUUGAAUGGCAUCAGUACUGGAAGGCCUUCCAUUUUCCCACAUUCCUUAAACUGAAAAGUCGUUGCAGAGAAAUUUGUGAGUAUAAAGAAUGAGGGAAUGCCUUUAAUGAUACCUCUUAUGUUAGGAAAGCUAUGAAAUUCCUGGAUGCAAAACCUGUGGAUUAAUUUUGGGAAAUCUUUCGGUGAGUCCUGUCUGUUGACUUCUGAGAAGCCACGCAGGUGGGGAACCCUAGAAGAUACUCAACAUGAGAUUGCCUCAGCUCUUCUCUGAGUGGCCACAGAAUACUUUAAACUGGGAAUGAAAAGUGUAAAUAUUAUGAGCAUGGGAUUACCUUUAUCAGUGUCUCAUCCUUAGGGUGGGGCAACUAGCUCUUUAAUUUUCAGUCUUUGCUUAAGUAUAAACAUUUAUGUCUAUAGCUAUACCCUAAGAUAAACCUUAAAUUAUGUUCCAUAGUUUUAUAUGUAAUAUGUUUAUCAUCAUUUACUCUAAAAAUAUUAACACAUCGCAUAUUUAUAAAGGUAUAUCUGAUUAUCUCCUGAGUGAUUUAGUUUAUCCUAGUAGAAAUUAGACUAUAUUUGCUACAUACCUUUUUCUAAUUUAAUGACAUUUUUAUCAAGUAAGUGGACUUUAUGAUGUUCAGAUACUGUAUGUACAUUCAGGUUGGUUUUUAUUUUUCUUUCAAGCUCAUUUAGUGAUAGAUGUGAAUUAAAGUCUUCCACCGUUGUUACGGAUUGACAAAU